AGUAGCUGGAAAAAAAAAGGCAUGCGGUCGCAGAAAUCUCCGACCGAACAAAAGAGUUCCUCGGACACAGUGACGCACUUCUAGGGUUUUGGAAGCAGGUACUUCCGGCCAGUUUCCUUCAGACGCAGCAACACCACCAUCGCUAGGUCUUGGUGAAGAGAAGGAACAUACAAAGAAGGAGAAGUAGACGACGAUGACGUUGAUGAAUAGGCCGCCGUUCGUCUCUCUCUUGUUCAAAGCCUUCACCUUCAUCCCUCGCCGUCGUCCGGCCGAUGCUGCCGGUUUUCUCUCAACCCAUUCUUAUUCCGCCGUCUCCGGUGCUCCACAGAGCAGCUUCAUGGCUGAAUACCUGGUCAGCUCCUGUGGCUUCGAUCCGGAUGAGGCGGCCAAGGCCUCGAAGCUCCUUAGCGGCAUCGAAUCCCGUCAUCAGCCUGACUCCGUCCUUGGCUUCUUCAAAAGCCACGGUUUUGAUAAUACUCAGAUGAAAAGGGUCCUAUCUGUAAACCCCCAGUGGCUUCUCCUCGACGUGGAGAAGACUCUGGCCCCAAAGUUCCGAGCUUUGCAGGAUCUGGGCUUCUCCUGCUCCGACAUUACCCACCUCGUCAGCUCGAAUAACGCCGUCAUCAGCCACAAACUCCAGAACGUCUUGUCCAAGAUACAAUUUUGGCAAGGCACCCUCGGGUCCAACGACUUACUGAUGAAGUUAUGCAAGAGAAACAGGUGGUUUCUCUCGUAUAGCAUCGAGAAGAAGAUCCAGCCUAACAUUGAGAUUCUAAGGGAUUUCGGGAUCACGGAUCAGAAGCUCUCAAUGAUCCUACGGCACCGCCCCCUCCUCAUAGCCCAGAAGGCUGAAACCCUGAAGGCGUUAAUCAGUCGUGUCGAGGAUUUGGGAGUAGCUCGCACCUCAGGGAUGUUCCCCUUGACCCUGACUGUGCUCCACAAUGUCUCCGAGAAGAACUUCAAGGCUCACUUGGAGUUCUUCAAGGGUUUCGGGUGGUCCGAGGAUGAUUUCCUUGCUGCAUUCAGAAAGGUUCCUACUCUUGUGGCAUGUUCUUUAAAGAAUUUGCAGAGAAAGAUGGAGUUCUUGGUCAAUGAAACCAGAUGCGCUACGUAUUAUCUUGCACACCGGCCAAUGAUUUUGACGAUGAGUUUGGAGAAAAGAUUGAUUCCCAGGUAUCGGAUAAUGAUGGGCCUGAAGUCAAGGGGAGUUCACAUCCGUAACCUCCGAAUGGACACAUACAUGUCAUAUACGGAGAAGAAAUUUCUGGAGAAGUUCAUCUUCCGCUACAAGGAGUUUCCAGAACUCAUUGAAUUGUAUAAUGUAGCCCCAAAAACAGAAAUGCUCUUUGAUACUGCAGGUGCAUAAUGCAUGGUGCAAGGUAUUGUACCAGCAAGUUGUGUUACCAGGUUUUGAUGCAUCAUUGGCCCUGGAGAAAUGAUAGUCACAGCAUCUUUUGCAGGUAGGUACUCUGUCAAAUUAAACAGAAGCACUGGUUAUUCUUGUGACAGAAAUUGGAAUUUUCUGGAUAAUUUUUCGUCUUAGUUGAGUCCUUAGGAUCAACAGACGCCAUAGUGGAUUUGCACCCUAAUACUUGUUGGUCAUCAUAGAAAUGUUUUUCUGUCAAAGGCUUGACUUGUUAUCAGCCAAGAAUUAUAUUAUGUACUUUCUUGCCUGAGAACUAGUUGAUGGAUAAGGCAUCUAGUUGCUGGAUGGAGAUAUUUUUCCAACAAAAGUUGUUGCAGUAGCAAAAAAAACUAAUGCUCUUUGUAAGUUUUGUUAAUUCUAAUGCUCUUUGUAAGUUUUGUUAA